UUCGUAUUAUUUUUAUGUAUUUCUAGCAGCCGAACCGAGUGGAUGUCCGUGCGGGUCCGUUCCGCGAGUGAUAUUCUACAGCAUCCCGUGCGCACCAGGGUUUUUCCUACUCGCUGCAAUUUGCGUUAGCCGCGGGUGUUGUUAUUUUAGUUAGCGCCAGCCUACCUGCCAGGUUCGCCGUUUUUACUACCGUGGGUUGAGCAAACCGUAGCUUUAGUUAUUCGAGUGUGCUGCCGUGGUUUUAGCUACUACUGAAUGGUGAACGGUGGUGCCAAUGCCGUAAAGGUUUCCACAUAUUAGAAUUUCUUUCUCCUAAAAUUACCCAGCGUUUGUUGUGCAAUAUACUGGCCGGGCCUGUCGUAAACAGCGGGCAAAUGUGUCUGAGGAUGUGGCGCGCUGUGCUUUGUGAUUUAUGUGUGUAGCAUUGACACAUCGACGGUGCGACACCUUCUCCUUCUCGUUGGCUGCGAUUAGAUGAUUUCAUCGUCGGGGGGGAAAAAAACACCACAGAAGUCUUCCAAUUGAAAACAAACGAGCAAAAGCUCGUCCGGGUUGGUUAAAGUGAGGUGCCACAGUGUAGUUUAUAUAAAAAAUAGUUCACUAACCAAUUUUCGUUCAAUUGUUCUUGUAUCCGUAGUUUCUACGAUGUAAAAAGUGUGUUCUUGUAGUACAUCUGGAAGUGCAUGCGUCGUGUGUUGGCAGUGAAAUAGUGCGAGCACUAAGGGACACACCUGGGGGUUACGGUAUAUAUAUUCACUAAAUGCCAAGGGUUGCUGUGAUUCGUGUUAUUGAAAAGUAUGAAGUACCAUUCCGGUAGCAGCAGUCUAGCUGGUUGUGUGUUUUAAAUCGAUCGAGUAGGUCUUUCCCGUUCCCCCGUCUGUCCGUCUGUUUGGCUGCCUGUCUAAUUUAUCCUGCUGUGAAAAGUAAGAAGGUGAUCGACACACCGGAGUCAACCGCGAAACUGUUUACUCCUAAUACGCACAGACCAACGACACCAUGGCGCGGCUCACGGAGGAAAUGGUGAUUGCACGCUCGAAGCAGUCUGACCUGGCCGCAAUCAAGAAGCUUAACUGUUGGGGUAGCGAACUGAGCGACGUAUCCAUCAUUCGGCGCAUGCGUGGAGUCGAAGUGCUCGCAUUCAGUGUUAAUCGAAUCAGUACACUAGCGGAUUUCGAGAACUGUAUAAAUCUACAGGAGUUGUACCUCAGGAAAAAUAAUCUGACCGACAUCGAUGAGCUGGUUUAUCUGCAGAAUCUUCCAAAACUGAAAUACCUUUGGCUGGAGGAGAACCCGCUGGUCGAUAAUGCCGGACCAAGCUAUCGGCAGAUAGUGUUACGUGCGUUGCCAAACCUCAAGAAGCUGGACAAUGUUGAUGUGACGCCGGAGGAAGUUACCGAAGCGAUGCGGGCGCCGGUCGCUCAACCGCAACGGCACGAAGUGUACGAAAAUCCUUCACCGCCACCGCCACAACAACAGCAGCCGCCGGUUUCCCAACAGCAAUAUCGCCAACAGAGUCCUGUCAUAGAGCAGAUGAGUCCGGAAAAUACGGAAUCCGAGUGCAUCAGUGAUCCGGCGGAUCGUGUCUCGAUCCCAUCUUCACCGUUGCAGCGAAGCCCCCCGAACAGGGACUGUUAUUCACCACCGACACAGGCACAGAAUUCGCAUGCCUCUUCGCACUACAACACGAACAAUCACCGCGGUUCCUACCAGCAGUAUGAUAGAUCACCGGGCUCGGACCAGGACAGCCCGGUGUCGGGUUACCGAGAAAGGGUACCAAUAGCACCUAGUAUGUCAACGCACUCGAUGAAGGAAUACUAUCAGUCGGAUUAUCAGCGCCAGAAUCCUCCUGCCCAUUAUCGUCACAGCCAGAUGGAUCUAACCGAGUGGGACGAAUCGUCACCGGCAGGACAUCAUCAGAACAAUAACAACAACGGUGGACAACAUUCGUCCAACAGUCACCAUCAACAGCAGCAGCAGCAUCACGGUCAGACAAACUAUCAGCAGAAUCGACGCAGCAUCGCUGGCAGUACGGUGAACGAACGAGAACUGUACCAAUAUCGGAACGGUAACGGCAAGGGUCCGGAGUCACGCGACGAAUGGGAAGAUGUUGAUCGGCGAAGGAAUGAAAAUAGGAGAUCCGACUCUCGGUUCAACGAUAGUGCGAGCGUAAUCUCCAAUGCACUGCUGAACCAUUUUGCUGGUGUUCAUCGGAGGCCUGUCAGUAGAAACUCGAAUCUACUUUCGGCCACCCUGUGUCUGGUGAAGGAACUCGACUACCCGAGCCUUGAGGUAGUGGAGCAUGCGGUACGGUGUCGCAUCGACGAGUUGGCUGAAUAGAUCGGAUGUGCAAUCCUGUGCGCUUCAUUUCAUUAGCGUAUGUGUCGUCUGUGGUUUUUAACGUACUCUUCAUUCUCCUAACCACUAUCGUUGGUGUGUUUGCAUCCACUUUAUACUUUUUUCCUAAAUGCGAAAUGUGCGAGGAGAAAGAAUCAUUCAGAAACAAAAGGUGCAAUCGAUUGUAAGCUUUGCUCUGAACGAAUUUGAUUCACCACAGAUGGUGGUUGCAGUUUUGUGUCGGCUUCAAUCGGUGAAAAGGCUACCGAUCGCAUAAUGAGUCAUUCCAUUUAUUCCACGGCCGUGUAUGCUUGUGUGUAAAGUCUUCCCUCCACCAAAAAAAGGUAAAGGAUGAUACACAGGACUGACGAGAGAAAGAUUUACAUUUAGUAAAUAAAGCAUAGUAACAUACUUGCAUCAUAUUGCGAGUUUUGUCCUAUUAGCAGCAAGUGUUUAACCGAACCACUGCUGUAUGCUGGUAUAUAUAAUCUUUUUCAUCGCCCCUUUUUCUCCCGUUUCUCGUCAACAAUGUUCUCAAAGCAAUAACUCGUUAAGCUAUGAGAAGUAAAAGAGGAUAGUAAUAGAUACCACGGUAAGAUGGUCCGUGUGGUGUUUUUUUUUGUUGUUCGAACCUUAUAACCAACUGAAAUGAGCAUACGACAGACGUGGACGCUCUAGAUGCAAAUACAAUAACUUAAACUAAUGUUUGUGAUGAUGAUGCUGAUGGUGGUAGGAAAUGAACACAGGAACUUUUUUUCUUUCUUUUCAUUGAGAACCCAUGGAGUGCGUGUUCUUUUGUACGAGUAUACCCAGAGUAGGAAAAAAAGACUUAAUAAUAUAACAUUACGAAACAAUAUAACCUUUUAGCAGGUGAACAACAUACAUGCAAUCGUACGUUCGUGCGUCAGUGCGGAAGGGAAUGGAACGCCGGAACUGAGUGAGCAGGAGCGGCAGGAAAGCGCGGAAAGCACAAUUUGCCAACAAUUAAAAAUGGUAGAACAAGUAGUUAAAACAGUAGCUGCAAACACUUUAAAACGGUAGCAACAGUAUGAAAAUUCAAUAAUAAUGUAAAAUAACCUCACUAGCAAGAGAAACAGGGUGAAAAUCGCUACAGAAUGUGUGAAGGUCGCGAUCAAUGGCAUGAAUUUAGUAGCCGACUGCGUGAUCCUACCUACCGCUCCUCUCAUUUUGUUUUGUUAUUUACUUAAGCUAGCUUAUCAUCAAUCACCAGAGCGCGUAAAUUGAAUGCUUUAGCUUGUUGCCUUCUUAAGUUAAUUGGAUCGGGUAAGACAAGGUACGGGGAGGGGGGUGGGAUGUGUUAAUACUAGGGAAGAAGGUUUUUAUAGCUAGGAAAUGGAAAAAAAGGUUAGAAGAAUGAUGAGAAUUGCAUUUUAUUUGGUACGGUGCCCAUCGAGAAAGUGCUCCCAAUUUAGAAUAUGAAGAAGGUAGAGUGUAUUCCACUGUUUCACCGCUCACCGCUGCUGCGGGUUUCAGUUAGAACGUAUCACUAGCAAAGUCAAAUCCAGUCGAAGGCAGUACAAAUUUCGUUAGAAGAGCACAGGAUCAGAUUUACUGUCCCUGCACGUUCAUAGCCUUAAAAGGUAAGGGCAGUUUCGUUCGCUUAUUUUGCUACCAAGAUAGUUUAUAGUAGUGAGAUAGCAACGUACUCUAACGGAACCGAACAGAGAACAGUACAGAAAAUGGUCCAAGAAGGAUUUAACCGGCCUGGCCGGAAAUGACAAAUGGUGUGAUGGUUACUUUAUCAUACCAAACCGUCUCCGUCCUGUGACCAUUGUAUGCGUGCAAUCCGUCGGUAAUCAUCCAUUGAAUGGAAAAUAUUGUUUUUUUCUUUCUUGUUUUUAAUAUGCUUAAGAAAAACUGCCGGGCCAAUUGUGUAUGUACGGAUGUGUUGCGCUUUCGCUGUUAAGUUCUUCUUUCUACUAAGGCAAGACGAAAGUAUGGAAGUAUGUGUGUUAGAAGUGGGUUUUGAUCAACGGCGGUAGGAUUAUUAUUUUACGGUUACGUCCUAGAAUGGAGGUUAAAUGAUCAUCUAAUGAAGAGGCAAGAAAUUUUUCUUAACAAAAAGAGAGAAGAAAAAAUCAAUUUAAAGAAUGAAAACUGAAACUCUUGUAACAUACACUAUUAAUAAAGGUACUAAUAGAAUAACAAGGUAA